AAUACCUUUAUACCACGUAGGAGAAUCGUCACGCUGCACGAGAAUGAUCAUUAGCCGCAUUGAAUUUUAGCAUUUUUUUUGAUUUCAUCGCCCCAAAGUAAAAGUUAAAUAUGCAAUUUAGACUUGGCGGAGGAGUUUUUAAGAUUAAACAUCCACAAACUAUUGUCUUAGUGAUCGUUUUGACUGUUUUAACAGUUUUCAUGGUCUUUAGCUUUCAUGAUCGAAUUGACUUGCCUACAUACGAUGAUUUACAACUUGAAAAGAGGCAGAUGUUAAAGAAUAAAAAUUUAAAUGAAAAGGAUGUAUAUAUGGAUUUUGAUGCAGAUGGAGCCGGAGACGAUAAAGAACUUUUACUUGAUUAUCCAUUUCGAAAGAAAAAUGAUAAUAAGCCACCUAUCGAAGGAAAUAAGGAAUCUGUAAAUGAAGGAACUAUGCCAAAAAAUAAAAAUACUUUAAAUACUGAUAUUAAAGAAGAAGACACAUUUCCUAAACAACAAGAGAAAAGUAAUAUAGAGUAUUCCCAACCUGCUAUGAAGCCAGCUUAUAAGGAUAGACAUAAGAUUAGAAGAAAAUUACAAGAAAUUCUUACAUAUGCAGCUCCGCUUAGACCAAAUGAUGAACACUAUAAUAUAAAUGUUACAUUGAGUGAUAGAACAUCUAUGGAUAGACAAAUUAGGGAUACCAGGCCAGAAGUCUGUAAAACUAAACAGUAUGAUGCUAAGACCCUUCCAACUGUUGCUGUUAUCAUACCAUUUUUCAACGAAGCAUUGUCAAUGCUUAUUCGUACUGUCCAUUCAAUUUUAAACAGGUCACCUGAUAUGCUACUUGACGAGAUUAUUCUUGUUGACGAUAAAAGCACGGAAAUAUGGCUUCAAAAGCCAUUAACCGAGUACAUGAAAUUGUUACCUAAAGUAAGAGUUAUUCGUAACACAAAACGAAUGGGUCUAAUAAGAAGUAGGAUGGUUGGUCACAGAGCAGCUUUAGCUGACGUUUCAAUAUUUUUGGAUGCUCAUUGCGAGGCUAACGAAGGUUGGCUCGAACCAAUGUUAGCUUACCUGCAAAAAUAUCCGAAAGCUGUCGUUCAACCUUACGUUGAUGGUAUUGAUACUGGUACAAUUGAAUACUUGCCGGCUACAGAACACCUUCACGUUGGUGCAUUCAACUGGGAACUUAGGUAUACAUGGUUGAAAGUACCAGAUCAUAAGACUAUAUUUCACCUAAAUACGGGAGAAGCUAUAGAUAGUCCAACAUUAGUCGGUUGUGCAAUAGCAGUAACAAGAUCGUUCUUUGAUGAAAUUGGCGGAUUUGACGAAGGUCUUGAAAUAUGGGGUGGAGAAAAUUUGGAGUUGGGCUUUAGGGCUUGGCAAUGCGGAGGGACAGUUGUAACUCUUUUAUGCUCCAGAGUCGGUCAUGUGUUCAAGAAUUUUCCAUACAAAUUUGAUGGAAAUAGAGAACAGGUUGUAACAAAAAAUCUCAUGAGAGUUGCUGAUGUUUGGAUGGAUGGUUAUAAGAAAUUCUUUUAUGCAUCUACUUUCAUUUAUGAGAUUAAAAAUACAACUUUCAAUAUGGCAGAGCUACAAUCAAUUGAAAGGUGGAAAGAGCAUAGAAAGCAUUUGAAAUGCAAAAACUUUGAAUGGUAUAUGCAUAACAUUGUUCCAGAAAUGGAGACGCCGCCAAGAGAUGCUCAUUUCUACGGCGAAAUAAUGAAUGUAAGAUCCAAAGCUUGUUUUGAGCUAUACAACGACUAUUAUAUUGGUAUGAAUUAUAUUUGCUACGAGCAUAAGGUUAUCCCAUACAAUUUCUUCUCAAUAUCUAACGCCGGAUUAUUAAGAUGGAAAGAUAAAUGUAUAAAAGUUCUCUUCCCAAGUCCUGCUCUUAGAUUAGUUGACUGCCCUCCAAUAGACGCAAAUACCUCAGCUUUAUACGAUUUUGGAAUUUUUAAAGUAAAACUUAUAGGUAAUACAUUAUAUUUAUUCGCCAACUACACUUCAAAUAAUCCACGUUAAAUCUAUUUAUCUUACUAUUAAGGUCAUACCUGGGGUCAGCUUCGAUAUUAUGUUAGAAAUCCGAGCACUAAGAAUAUAGAUAAAUACUGUGUUGUUCAAGUUACAAAUGUCUUACCCGAACAUGAAAAAGAGCAGAUGCCACAGAUAGGAGGGUGUAGAGAAAACGAUAAUUUCCAAGUAUGGUCUUUUACUCAUCGUUUUGACUUUAAUCUUUAUGCUAAUACCGAUUUUGCAACGAAUAUGACAUAUAAACAUAAGCAAUAACAAGUGAAAAUUUCUCUAGGAAAUAGGGAAAUCUGGAAGUAAUAAAAAAAGUUAAACAAAGGAUGGAUAUAUUAGAAUGAUAUACAGUAUAUAUAAAUUUAUAUAUAUAUAUAUAUAUACAGUAUAUUAAUAUAUACUGUAUAAUUACUGUUCGUUUUCUGUUUAAAAUAUUGUAAUUAGCAGUAAAUUGAUACAAAUAUAUUUUGAAGUAUCUAAGAGAAAUGUUGUGAAAAAUAUAAAUAAUUCAUGAUUUA